AUGCCGGCAUUCUCUAUCCUUCGUUUUCUGUCGAUUUGCGACUACCUGGCGCGUGUUGCAGCUCGUUUCUCAGAAGGCUGUGAAUCUAUCGCUGAGCUUUACCGGCUGAACAUGUCGAAGAUCCUGGUGCUCUCCCGCAGAGCCGCGAGGAGGGAUGAAGAGAUGGGAUACAGGGAUCUGGUGCUCUUUGCACCUCUGCUUUCUGCAAUCCGGCGUGAGAAGACGGCCCCGCUGGCCUCAUGUCCCUGCGUUUUCGCAGCUGCUGCUACUGUAGGCAUCAGCAUGGAGAUGGCUGGUUUGGAGUACGGCGCCGUCCGCACGAACUUAGACUACAUGACGACCUUUGGCCGGCUGAGCAUCCUCGAGAGCGUGCUGACAGACACCGCGAAGUUGUGCGUCGAGGGCGGAGCCCGCUUCUGGCCGAUCCAGUACGCGGAAAAGUUGCGCUCGGGUAUACACGGCUAUGUGUUGGAGAACCUGCAAAGCAUCGACGCUUGGGCUGCAGAAUCUCAGGAAGAGGUAACCAUCACAGAUGAACAGCAUAUCGAUGCACUGGCCGACGCAGCAGCGGUUUUUGGUUCCGAAGGGCUGGAUUGGUGGCCCGCGAGGGGUACUCUUAUUGCCUUGCUCCGCCAUGGUAGGCGGAGUGGCCUGCUGUCCCAGGGUAGGUUAGAUGUUGUCGACCAUGAUGUUGAUGUCAUGGUCGGCGUGUCUAGCGACGAGGAAUGGGUCCAAAGACGACCCGCUAUUCAAAAGAAGCUUGAGGCACGAGGUUGGAAUGCCUGCUUCGAAAGGCAUUCCGUCGCUGCUUCUUAUGGCAGUUUCGAAUACAAUCUUGCACGCAGAGACCUGCUUUUGUGCACCAGGACAAAUCCUAAAGUUACGCUGGACAUCGCAACAUACAUCACGGAGGGUCGUAUCGCCUUUGCACAACAGUAUUGUCCCAGUGAUGGCAUUGGAUGUUGGAUUCCUCGGAACGAUGGCAGCUUCCGCGGCGGUGAGGGGCGGCUGCGGGUUUCGGCGAUCCAACCCUUCGGCCGAUGUAAGGCGGGAGACCUCUCGGUCCCUUGUCCCAGAAAGCCCCUGGAGGCUCUGCGAGCCAUGAUGGGCAUCAACUUUACAAAAAGCUGCGUUGCACUGCCUGACAUCAAACAACGCCUCGAUCGCGACAUCUAUGCGAGUGACAAAGACCCAUGGCUUUCUGAAGGUUUGACACAGGAGGAUGUGGAUAUCUUGAGGCAACGGGCUGCUGAUCUCGACAGGGACGGCUACAUGUCCAUGACCCCAUACCUGCACUGUGCGGAGUCUUUGGCUUAA